AUGGCCGUGCAGUUCCUGGUGGACAUGGGUCGCGACGGCUACAAGGCGAAGAAGUACGCGACGUGGAUGCGGGAGCUGGGCUUUCUGGACGUGCAUAAUGAGCUGGCCACGGUGCCGUCUAACCUAUACUGGGCGGCCGACCCGCACCAGAAGGAGCUGGCGACCAUGGAGAUGCAGAACAUGAUGUGGUUCAUGGAAGGCUUCGUAACGCCUCUGGAGAAGAUGAGGUGGUCCAAGGAAGAGAGUGAAAUGUUUCUGGCUCAGGCCAAGGCCGACAUGCAGAACCCGGACAUUCACGUGCAGUUCCCCUUUUACUGUGUAUAUGCCCAGAAGCCACUCAAGUAA